AGUGAAAUUGGUCUGAUUAUAAUUGUUUUGGUUGUUUAUGAAUAAACUGGCGCUUGACUUACACUUGGUUGACCUUGACGUUUUCCGGCAUUUACAUGAGAGUUAGGACUGUAAGCAGUGUAAGAUUACCAUUCAAAGUUAUUCGAGUUGUAUACUUAUCUUGAAUGGCGUGAUGGAUUCAAGAAGAGCUAAUCGUUCGUGGCAGUAUAACGGAAGUUGUCAGGAUUCACAUUUAUCCCGACCAUUGGAGGUAAUUUGUGACUCACACGUAAAACAUACUGCCUAUUAGAUGCAACCCAAUUCGGCACAUAACAUUCCCCCUGGCUCAUUGAUGUCACAUGCACUUAUCAAUUCUACAGUUGACACACCUCCGAUUUCGUCAGUUUGGCUUGAACAAGGAGAAUACUUUUUUGAUGAUGAGUUUGCUGAACAAGUGGAUUCACAUAUGCAGGAAGAUGGGGAUGAGCACACUAGAUACUCGCUAAUGGUCCAGUCAGUGGGCUGUGACAGAAAGCCUCAGCCAGAUCUAGUGGGUCAAUCUCGUUCUGAUUCUUGCAUAUUUAGUCCAAUUAAUUCACGGGAAAGUGAUCUUGGUAAUUUCAAGGUUCCUGGGACUUAUUCAGUUAACACCAGUAACUAUGAAAAUUAUGCUUUGGUACCAAAAAAUGUUGACGGUAGGAACCGUAGCACAACUACAGGAUUCUGUGGUUCAAAAUGUAAUGGCGAGAUUGAAGGAGACCAACAGUUUGCCAAUGAAUCUCAAAGUUCUGUUCAUUAUAAUGCAUCAGGUUCAACCAGUUGGAUGCAGAUGCUUAUGGAACGCUCAUGCAACCCUGAGCUACGUGCGCUUAUUAACCGGACAGCUGCUGCAGUCGACUACAAGCUAGCAUAUGGUGAUUCUAUUGGAUUACAACGCCAGCUUGAGGAAAGGUCAACUGAAUUAUCGAAGUGCAAUGGUUCAAGUUUGGGACCAGGUAGUCGUUCAUUAAGUCAGGGUAGUCUCUUAACUGCUGCCAGUUUGGCGGGUUUACGUCAUGCUUUAGAACAAACAACUCAGUUACUACCGAAACCUGUUGAAAAAAAUACUGAAUCAUGUUCUGUUGGGGUUUCUGCUAAUCUCAUUUGUGAUACAAUGUCCCUUUCUCAUAAUAAGGACUCUUGUGAAAUGACAACUCUGAACACAACAACUUGGGCGAAAAAGCAUGGCAGUCGUGAGAGUUUAAAGAGAAAGUCCCUCAGACCAAGUGAUCUGACUGUUUUUCCGCAUCCUAACUUAGAAAGAGAAACUGAGGUACAUCACGACCAUAAAACUCCUUGGCAAAUUAUCAAAGACGCUAAUGGGGCGUUAAUAACUUGGAACCAACUUAAACGGGUUGUCAAACGAGCUGAAAGUCUUGGAAAGUCAUCUAGUGCCCGUGAGAGCCGACGAGACCAGCAUAAUGUAAAUGGUGUUUUCAUUCCUAAACAAGUUAUGUCAGGCUCAGUUAAAAACCGUUCACAUUCCCAACCCAUAUCUGAUGCUUUUCACAUGCAUCGAUUCUCAGGAACACUGUUUGAGAUCUUCAUGCGUGCCAGAGCUCGAGGUAUGUCUUCAUUAGGUGCUCAUAGUGAUGGUUCAGCUGUGGAUUUAAAUACAUCUUUUCAUAAAGAUAACUCAAAUUCUGCCUAUUCGAAUCCAGGUCAUGUAGUACAUCAAGGAGGUUCUGAACCUCCAGACAUGCUUAUUAACAAGCGUAACUAUCCACCAGGAAUAACCAGUUCACCACGCAUUUCAGGCAAUAAAAAGUGUUGUUUGUUUGGUGGGAUCGAUCCAAGGAGGUCAAUUACUGAAAAUGACAAGUAUUUACUGUUGCGCAAAGACAGGGUUCUACCUAACAAGGGUAAUAUCCAAUUUUCACCUUUGUACACUAGUGCUGAUGCUGUCGCUCGUUCUAUGCGUAACUUUGGCGCCCAGUUUCCUCCCGUAGAUGAUUCCAGAGAAAUAUCUUUCAAAACUCCUUUUAAUCCUAAAAAGAAAUCUGAAAGUAAUCAAAAUGUUUCUCCAGUAUGGUCGACCAAACUACCCCUACGUUAUGGGAACUCUGCUGCAUAUACUAACUAUUACGCAGCCGUUCGCCGUAGCCACCCACAACCACUUUAUUUAAACAGACCCCUAUCCGCCCUUCAUGGUCAAGCAAAUAAAAGAAAUGCAGAUAAUAACGUUCAUUCUUCACCUUCUCCUCUUGAACCUCCGACUAUUGCUGCUUGCCUUACGGCGUCCGCUGGACCCGACUCUCCGUACAUGGCAGCAUUACGUGCUGGUUGUGCUGCUAGAGGUUAUGCCGUUGGUUGGAUUGGUAAUCCGCGUGCUUCUAUCGCCUAUCCAGGAUUAGGCCUUCUAUCAAUUCCUCGUCCUUCAAGAUUGGCUGGUUCUGCAUUUCUUUCUCAUACAUUGCCAGAUUUAUCAUUUUUGAGUCAAGCUGGAGCUGAAGAGGAUCGUAAGGGUACGCCAACUAUGCCUAAGCGUCGAGCAUCUUUUUUAUCUACUGGUCGGUCAGAAAAAAAAUGCACGUGUACGAAAUGUGGAUGUCGCUCUAUAUCAGCUGGUCGGGUUCCUUCCAAGAGUAUAUGCUCAGACAAUUCCUCGAAAUUAUUUGCAAAUAAAUCUGUAUCUGGAACAGCCAAAUUAGCGGUUGAUCAAAAUAAAGUACCCUUCCGCACUGUUAAAGAUUAUGGGCAAAACAACACAACGCCAUGUGAUGUAAACACACCAGACGUUGUACCAUAUCCUAGUGGACAGAAUAAAAGUAAUCAUGUAGAAACACAAGCAGAAAGUCAGAGUGAAUUAAAAUAUCCUGAAAAUGUUGAACGAUCCUCAUCUGAGCCCGACUUGAGUGGCUUAGUUCCAGACAAAAAUAGUCAGCCAAUGUAUGGAUCUGUUGACAGUGGCUCCUACUGGAUCUGCUCUACUCAAAAAUCUCACAAAACUCAGAAUGACGCUCAUAAAAAUCAUAUAGAACCUACAGAAGUGUCAGAAAAUGACAGCUUCAGCCUGAAUUCUCGACCGAAAAAGAGUGUUAGUUUCAGCGGUAAUAUUCGUCUGUUACAAUUAAAUUCAAAGGAUCCGCAUAAUCACUACAGUGAUUCAUCAGCGCAACCUUCACCUGAACCAAAAGUGAUUCCACGUAACUGGGGUUUAUAUGGGCAAGAGCAACCGCUAGCUGAAUUCAAUCCACGAUGUAGCCCAAGUUUAGAAAGUGAAAAAAAUGGAAAAUUAAUUCGUCAUUCUGAUGUCGAUGUCAGAUAUCAUGCUAUGGUCAAUGAUGUUAUUAAGGCAGUUCAAGAAACAGUUGCUUACUAUUGUAGUCCAAAUCUGAGAUCUAAAACUGAUGUACAGUUGAAUGGUGAUAACAGUUCCCAAGAAGCUUUCCCUUAUUCAAAAAUCGAAGCAAUUGGUUCUUCAGGACGUCAGCCUCUCCUAGCAGUCGUUCCUCCUUUAACUAUCCUAUUAUGUGAUGGUUUACUGCCACCUGCCAAACCCAUUUUCACUUCUCGACCACGAACACGCUUAUGGCAGUUGGUUGAAGAGAGUUGUAGACCUGGUGCAUUGCCUACCGGUGUAGCCUAUCAUGUUCUGAAUGAUGCUAUUAGUCAAGUCAAAGCGUUGACUAACAUCACUUUGGAGAAAACAAAAUUCAGAGCAUUUAUAUGCGCUUGCUUAAAUGCAAAAGCCUUACCAAUGUGGUUAAAUGCCCUUGUUGCCAAUGAUACGCUACUUCGAAGAUUCUACUGUGAAGAUGCAUUCAUUCGUCAGUGUCGUUUUGGUCAACGGGAAUUACACGCUGACCUAAUGACCCACUUAGAACAGUUAUUGGCAUUCCCGUUUAAUUUAGAUUUGUCAAUUGAAGUUCGUAAACCAGUAGUAGAUCAACAGAUAGUGAGUAACGUUACAAAAUCAUCUGUUCCAUCUACUCAAGCAUCCACAAAUGUGAAGCAGCAUCAAUUCCAUGGAGGCGAAAUAGCGUUGUCAAAUAACAAGUCUACGCCGCGUUCAAAUAUUCCUCCAGCCACAGUUGUAACGCGCCGACAAAUUGUUUUGAAUGGUAACUCUAAUAGUCGCAUUCCGUCAGUACCAUUAGUCCCUGCAACAGUAUCAACCACUUCUGCAACUACUUCACAAGCAUCUAAUAAUCAUUGUUAUCCUCAACAUCAUUUACCUACUCCGCGCCCUAUGCCUUCACGACUGCCGUCUGCUUCAAAUUCUUCGAAACAUAAUCUACGUUCUAGUACUGUUGAUAAUAUAAAUGGUUCUGAGUCGAGUAAUUUAUCAACUGAAACUGGUCUCGUUCAUCCUAAAUCAUAUAGUGCAAUAAAUUCUGAAGGCCAAACAAAUUCUCAAAUGCGUGGUCGAUUUAAAAGUGCAUUGUCCAAUCUCCGACGUAGUAAUGGAUCUCAUGUUUCAAAACCUGGCACACGUACUGCAAAUGCACCACCAACUUCUUCUACCUUUAAUAACAGUUCUAAUAGUGGCAACAGUAAACCUGUAUCAUCUACACAAGCUGGUGACUCGCAAUCUCGUACUGCAUCACGAUCAGAACCUGCUAGAACGAGUAUAACCAAAAAUAAUUUAAGAACUAAAACAACCUCAAGCACGAAUUCUUCAGCAGGUGGUGGAGCAGCACGUCAUUAACGCAUAAUAUUAUUUAUCAAGCGCUGUUUUUUUCUUUUGCUGCAUUAAAACUUUGACGAUGAUAAGUGUAUUCGAGUAAGAUAAUGAAAAACGUUUUUUAUAAGAAUAAUACCCCGGUUGCAUUUAUAAAAUACCCAAUUAUUCUCUUUUUCUCGAUUGAUUUUCUUGCGUUCUUCCUCGGUUUUUUGUUUCUGUCUCAGCUUUGUUUGUUUAUUUUCAUUUAGUCCUUUUUAAGGAUUGUCUCACUCCUCUAAUUUCCUCUUCAACUAAAACUUUCUCAUUUAGAUAAGCCUUUUAAUAUUAUGACACUUUGAUGCAAUCAUUGCGUACACGUACAAAAUGUUAUUCUUACCUGUAAGUUUAUAACACUGAUAAAGAUUCGAAUCUCUUCUCCCUGUAUCUCAUUAUUACCUUGCUUUCUUACAUGGCAUUUACAGCAUAUAAGAGAAAAGCCCAAGAAAAGGGACUACCCACGUUUUCGUUGUCUUCGUUGCCCUCUCUUCGUUUUCUCUCACUACAUAUAUUUACCUCGCUCUUCCUUUUUGAUCUGUUCGAUCACAAAAAAAUGUUAGUAUGUCUUCUUGAGAUGUAUGCAGUUUUGUUGGAAACAGCUAAAAGCCUGAUUCUUCGCCUCAUUCUUGUGGUUUCUUAUUUUGUGCUUCGAAAGUAACCUUCUGCCAUGGUUGUAUUUCUCUUCUUACUUGCUCUUUCUGAUAGGUUCUCUCAGCUUUUUUGUUUCCUUUGAUGAAUUCAAAGGAUAUCCGGCAUACAUGUAGGCACAAAGCUAAUUUCGUAUGUAGGUAUGUGUUUCUUCUUGUAUGUGUGUGUUUGGUGAAUGGAGUAAUGGUACAUGCUUAUCUGUCCUAGUGGAGAGUUCUUGACCCUUUCAAUUGACUAUAUAUUAUCUUAACUGAAUCAUGACAUUUGAUCUUCUUCACAGUAUAAUCUACUUGCUAGUUAUGAUGACUCCAUAGCAUAUGUGAACAAAAAUGCCCUAAAUGUUUUCGGCUCUUUGUAUGAUUGUAAUAUUUCCAUCGGUUUUUUUCCAUAUUGCUUAGUAAUUUAUUCGAACAUGAUUGUGAACUGCGUUACUCCACAGUCUGCUCAUGAAUACAUUUAUACACAUAUAUUUAUCUUUAUUAGUGUUAAUUCAUAUUAUUACAUUGUCUUCUUUUCGGGCAUAUUCACUCCUUUAUUUGUCUUUCUUUUUUCUUCAUCAUCGAAUAUCUUGUAGUGAUAAUAAUAGUGAUGCUUAUUACGAUCAUGUUGAUCACUAUUGUCGUUGCAUCAUUUGUUUUCCGACUCAAACUUCUUCUUGGUUGAUAUUUCACUCAACUUUACUUAUUCAUCUGUCCCAUCAUUAGUAAACAUUUACAACUUAUGGAUCAUGUAAGAGGUCAUUAUUAGUAAGCAGAAUUUCAUAGUGAUCUGAAAUAUAUGAAUCGAUAAAUGAUUGAAAUAACUGUGCUUCUUCAAUGAGUCAGUAGAUAAUUUAAACAGAAUAGUUAUAGUCAUGUUUUUUUUCUUUAAUACUGUUUCCGUUCAUAAUUCGUCUUUCAUUUAUCUCAUCCAGCUUCAUAUUAUUGUUCUCCAGUUGGCAAUGAAUAUGUGUGUGCUUACGGAUCUCAUAGUAAAUGUGUUCAAGGUUUAGCUUUAAGCAAGUACUUUUAUAUUACUAAUUACUGUUCACCUUUCAGUUGUUUAUUGUUACUUCUCAUUUGUAUAUGCGCCUACCGACAGUUGAUUUGCAUUCUUACUUUUUUUAUGGCUUGUUGAUUCGCUUUUCUAAUUUUUAUUUUUAUUUUCUUAUUUAUCUUAUCUCUGUAAAAAAAAGUUCAAAAAUUGUAUUUGUUCAUUUUUAAUUUGCUUGUAUGCACUUUGAAACAGUUUCUUUGCUCUCAUUUUGCUUCCUUGAGAAAACUUUGUUCGUUUUCCAUGUUCAUCUCAAAUACUUCAUGAAUACUAGAUAUAAAAGAAAUAAGAAAUUAGUGUAGAAACUUGUUUCACACUGUUCAAACUGUUUCUCUUAUUCUUCAUUCGCCCUGUCGUUUUAUCUUACGAAAAAAGUUAUCUUCAUGUCGUGCCUCAAUCAUCACUACUGCUAACAAUGAAGAACGAAGGAUUGCUAUCGUCAUCAUAAUUGUUAUUGUUCAGCUUUCAGUCUGUAUGAAGUAAGACUGAUUUACGUUCAUUAUUUCACUUGUAUGUUUGUUUGCCUCUUUUACCUUGUAACUUACUUUGAAGCCAUAUUAUAUGGGACAGGUAUUACUUCAUGACAUUUCUCUUUCAAUUUGCAUGUGUACACGUAUGAGCGCUUUGAUUUUAUCAAGGGAUUUGGCUAACCACAUUAUAUCUGAAGAAUUUUAGAGAUUGACUUCAUUUGAUGGUUGGUCACGAUAAUAAUUUCAAUUGUAAUAAUAGUGAAUUAUUAUUAUGAUGAUGGUUUUUUCCUGUCAAAUAUAUGCAUAUUUCUCAAAUAACUUAUUGCUUUUGUCUGCCUUUCUGCUUAUCUUUGGAAAAAAGAUGUAUAUAUGUGUAGUAGAUCAGAAUAAUUGGAUUGCUUGUGUAAAUUCUUUGUUAUGUCUGUGGGUGAUAUCUUUAUGUACUAACGCUUACCCCUAAACUCCACUCUAACCAUAGAUUGAAUUGUCCACUUUUAAUAUACCUGUUUAUUAU